AUGUGGUGGCCCACGCUGCUGGCCCUGCUGGCCCCCGCGGCGGUGGCCCAGCUGCACCCCGAGCGGGAGCUGAACACCCAGUGGGACCUAUGGAAGAAAACCUAUCGCAAGCAGUACAACGGCAAGGCGGACGAGGUGGCGCGGAGGCUGAUCUGGGAGAAGAACCUCAGGUACAUCAACACCCACAACCUGGAGCACGCGCUGGGCGUCCACACCUUCGAGCUGGCCAUGAACCACCUGGGCGACAUGACCAGCGAGGAGGUGGUGAGGAUGAUGACGGGCUUGAAGGUGCCCCGUGGCCGCCCACGUCGCAACGAGACGCUCUACGUCCCCGACUGGACCGAGAGAGCCCCGGCUGCCGUGGACUGGAGGAGGAAAGGCUACGUGACGCCUGUCAAGAACCAGGGCCAGUGCGGCUCGUGCUGGGCUUUCAGCUCGGUGGGCGCGCUGGAGGGGCAGCUGAAGCGGAAGACAGGGAAGCUGCUCUCCCUCAGCCCCCAAAACCUGGUGGAUUGCGUGACCAACAACGACGGCUGCGGGGGCGGCUACAUGACCAACGCCUUCGAGUACGUCCGGCAGAACCGCGGCAUCGACUCGGAGGAUGCCUACCCUUACAUCGGCCAGGAUGAGAGCUGCAUGUACAGCCCCACCGGGAAGGCAGCCAAGUGCCGCGGCUACCGGGAAAUCCCCGAAGGGAACGAGAAGGCUUUGAAGAGGGCCGUGGCCAGGAUCGGACCCGUCUCCGUGGGCAUCGACGCCAGCCUGGCCUCCUUCCAGUUCUACAGCCGGGGCGUGUACUAUGACGAGAACUGCAAUGCCGAAAACAUCAACCACGCGGUGCUGGCGGUGGGCUACGGCACGCAGAAGGGCACCAAGCACUGGAUCAUCAAGAACAGCUGGGGCAAGGAGUGGGGCAACAAGGGCUACGUCCUCCUGGCGCGCAACAUGAACAACGCCUGCGGCAUCGCCAACCUCGCCAGCUUCCCCAAGAUGUGAGCGCUCCCGGCGCGCUCCCUUCCCGCGCCGCAUCCAGCCGCCCUCCCUGCUUCCCUGUGUUCAAACUCGGCCUUUUCGCUCCCAACCUCCGAAGCUGACGUCGCUCCGGGGGGUGGAUCUCUGCCUCUCCAUGAGAAAUCUCCCCCCGGGAAAGGGGAGAGACCCCCCCAGCUGCAGAGGAACGGCUGUGAUCGGCUCCCCCCAACUCUCUUUUCCCGGGACUCCUUUGCCGUGCCGGCACCGUGUGUGCCCAGUUCUGCCUUCCCGCGGCCGCAGACACUCGGGGUCGGGCUUGGCCGGCUCCAGAGAGUCUGAUCCGUCCGGAGAUGCUUGUGCAAAGGUCCCACGCCGGCCUCCGCCUGCGGGAGCGCGCGGGCAGCGCCGCAGGUGGAAUAUCCCCCACGGAGAGCACGGAUCUGUCUCCCCCCUCCACCCUGCAUCCCCGUGGGGGCUGCAGAGAACGAUAUGACUUUAUUUUUAAAAUAAACACUAU